CUUGGCCGGCAGCGGCCCGCGCCGUUUGAAACGGAGUGAGGCCGGGCCUCUGGGCGUUCCUGGCGAGCGGGGUGUUGCUGCCGCGCGUCUCCUCGGAGCCCAGAGAGAGCCGGUUUCCUUCUCCUCGUUCCUCUCGAGGCGGGCUGGCUGGCGGCAUUGGGUUAGAGGGCACUGAGGUAGGCGACGGCCCGCUGAUGAGCUCGGGGCCGCCCCGGCGCCGUCGCUCUGGGGCCCUGGGGCGCGGGCGUUCUAUUGCCGGGCACCCCACAGGAGCGGCCCCUGCCGUGGCUAAGCUGGUCCCCGCGGCGGGGCCCGGCCUGGCUGGGGCGGGCGGAGGGGCGCGAAGGCAGAGCACGGAGGGAUCGUAGCUGGGCCGGCUGCUCGACAGCUCCGGCGUCCAGAGGCAGGCGCCGCAGGGAGCUCGGUGCUGGAGAGCAGCGAGCGGCGGCAGCGCCGGGCCCGGGAGCGCUGAUUGCCCUCGAGGGUCUGAUCGCUUUCCAUCAAACUAUCUCAAACUCGAUCUGCCGAGUCUUGGCUACUGUGUUGAGAUCUGUCCCCAUAGCUUAGUAGCUCGAGUCCUCUGUGCUGUCAAGGCCUGGCAGUUGUGAUUUCUUUAGAUUUCGUUGGUCGUUGGACAGCGAGGGAAGUUUUGUGUUUUCGUUGCAUACGUGCCAUCGCCAUUCCGGGCACCUUGCCCAUUGCGUGGGACUUGCGAAAUAACUGAGCUGUAGAUGUGAUAUCAGUGGAAUAUAGGAUGUGGACUUGCUCUAAAAGUGCUGCUGCUGAAGACGAGCUUGCAAAUUUACAGUCGCUAUGGAAUCAGCUGAGGACAACUGAGAAAAACCUGCAAACUGUAGAGGAAGAGCUUUCCAGCACAAGUGAACAUUAUGGGCACUGCUUUGAUGAGGCUGUAGACUGCAAUCUGGAGCACUGUGGUCAGCCUAAUCGCAACCAUGAAGGCUUCUCCAACUCUAAGAAGAGUGGUGUUAACACAUCUUGCCAGAAUUGUCAAAGAAAACACAAAUUUUACUCAGAGUGCACAACUUCAGAUAAAACUGUGGAAGAAAACAAACAUCUUAAGGAGAAACUGGAAACUCUUCAUGAGCAAAAUACAUCUUUGGCUUCUCAGAACCACUACCUAAAAGCCAGAGUGGAAACAAUGGACUUUGAAUUGGCACAAUCAAAAAUAAGAAUUUCUUAUCUUGAAUCGACUUUAGGUACACAUUUAGUCAGCAUUCCAAAGUUAAAAGAACAGAUUGUAAGCCUGGAAGCAGAAGUCUCAGCUCGAGAUGAAAUUCUGAGGAAUGCAGAAGACAAACUAGAGCAAAGCCGGAAAACAGGAAUGGAAAGAGAAAACAUGUUGCAAAGAUAUAAAAAAGACUAUAAAAACCUGAAAAUGGAGUUAAUUGAACAGAGCAAGCAAGGAAAGAGAGCAGAACAGCAAAGAAAUGAGGCCUUGUUGAAUGCAGAGGAGCUGACGAGAGCUUUUGAAAAGUAUAAAGAGAAAAUAACUGAAAAAUUAGAAAAGCUUGAAACUGAAGAAAUAGUCUUGGGAAAACGUGUAAUGAAUUGUGAAAAAGAAAAGGAGAAGUUGAAUGAUAAGUGCAUCAGCUACAGAAAGGCUCUCGACAUCCUUGAAGCGCAACUGAGGCAAUUAAAGGAAGAGAAUCAUAGCACAAAAGAAAAAAUCAAGACUCUAGAAACAAAGAAUACUGAAAUGGUAUCAGUGCUGACUCGAUCUGAUCAGAAGAUUGUUGAGCUUGAGAGUAAACUCAGUGAAAGUGAAACAAUACUUACAGAGAAAAAUGCUUUAGUAAGUGAAAAUGCAGACCUGAGGACACUCACUGCACAGCAACAAACCCACUUGAAAUUAUGUCACCAAGAAAUCGAGGAUUUGAGGGAAGAGCUCAACAUACUAGAAGCUGUUAUUUCACAGUUGUCUCUAGGUACAUCUGAAGAGUUUAAAUGGCACCACUUGAAACACCAGCUAUCAAGUUCCUCUACAAAAGAAGCUCUCUUUGAAUCUCGUGAACCAAACAAACCUUUGAUGGCAGACCUCAGCAUUAAACUGGCUAGAAAUGAAGCAGAAAUUCAAAAUCCUUGUGCAAACCCAACUAUCUAUAGUGGCACUGAGCAUGUUUCUAGUGCUAAUGAAGGACAAGAAAAUAGCAGGUUAUGUGGCGUGGAAACAGAGCCUGUCAAACUGAUCAGAAGUCAAGGAGAGAGGAGGAAAUAUCUACAUCUGGAAUGUAUCAGUCAACGAUUUGAGAAGGAGAGACAAAGAUUCCGGAAGGAGAUAGAAGAGUUACACACUAAACUGACAAGAGCAGAUGAUGAGAAUUCUUCUUUGAAGAUCAGCAUGGCUCAGAGAGACAGUCAGUUUCAAAUCAUACAGGAAGACCUGUUGAAGGCAGCUUCAAAAAGUAGUAGCUUAGAGAGACAAAUAACAAAGAAAUCUUUUCAGUUGCGUGCACUUGAAAAACAGUUGGAAGAAAAGACUAUUGCUUAUUCCACUGCUGCAGCAAGGAAUACUGAGUUGGAACAGGAACUCAUGGAAAAAAACAGAUGUAUUCAUGAGUUGGAAACAGCUGUCACUGAAGUACAUGAGCAAAUAACUUCUGCUUUUGAAAAAGAAAAGUUAGUUCACCUUGAGCAGCACAGAGAGAGAGAGAAACAGAUGGAACUGCUUCAGACACAGCUAGAGAAGAAACAUCAACAGUUCAUUGAACAGGAGAAAUUAGUAUCUAUUUUGCAACAAGACAUUACACAUAAACAGCAUCACAUUGAAUCAUUGGAUGGGCUGCUGAUGGAAAGCAGGCAGGAACUAGAAAAUGAAAAUGUCAAGAAAGAUCAAGGAUUGAAGAUGCUGAAAAGUAGGUUAACAGAAGAAGCAAUGAAAGUAUCCAGUUUGGAACAAAAGCUUCAGAAGCAGAAAGCAUAUUCAGAAGAUGAGUUAAGAAAGGUAGAGGACAAACUUUGUCUAGCUGCUCAGGAAGCAGAUUUAAGCAGACAGAAGGUGGAUGAACUUAAUAGUAAAAUCAGACAAAUUACAUCAGAGCUGGAUCAGUGCAAGAGUGAACUUACUGGUAUGGAAAAAGAAGUAGUGCAGUUAAAACGAGCUGGUGAAGACAAAGCAAUGCAGAUAAAUCAGUUGGAUAUUACUUUGGAAGAAGCACGGUCAGAGCUCAAUGAAAAGGCAAAUAAGGUGAACGAUUUGGAGGAUAAGCUGCGUCAAAGUGAGACUUGCCAGCGGGAAGCCUUACAGAAGAUAAUAGAACUAGAAUCUGCAUUACAGAAUGGCCAUGGAGAAUUAAAAACAGCUUUAACACAGCUUCAGGAAUUACAAGAUGCAUUACAGACUGCACAGUCCUCUCUGGAGGAGAAGCAUAUUGCUAUCAUGGAUCUAACAACUGAGCUCAGGUAUUGCAAGGGAGAAAUUGAAGAGAAAAACCAAGAACUCCUUGACAUGGACCAUGCAUUGAAAGAAAGGAAUUGGGAACUGAAACAAAGAGCAGCUCAGAUUGCACAGUUGGAUGUGACAGUUCAUGAACACAAGGGACAAAUGGAACAAAAAGUAAUUCAACUACAGUGCAAUUUAGAGAAGUCAGAGUUAGAAAUUAAGGACUGCAAUAAACAGAUCAACAGCUUAGAGAAGAAACUCCAGCAUUCUAAAGAUGAGCUUCGUGAAAAAGAGUUUGAAUUGCUCCAGAGAGACCAAGAAAUAAGUCAGUUGAAGAAAAAAAUUGAAAGAAAGCACCAAGCGUAGAAUCUCUUGAAAAGGAAUGAGAAUUCUUUGGGCUGGUGAAUGGAAGCAUAUAGACAGAACACAGAAGAUGGCUAACUUUACUUUAUGAAUGAUAUACAACUCUUUGGUUUGGGGCAUGAAUCAAUCACUGCAAGUACAAAUGCAAUCUGAGAUAAACAGGCUUUUUGCAGAAGUGAGUUGAUUAAAAGAUGCCAACUAGAGGUAAACACCAAACCUGAAAUUGCUUUUGCUAUUUUGAUUAUGCUGCAUUUCUGUGUUAUUUCUUUUUUUGCUUCUGCAGGGGGGUUGGACUAGAUGAUCUCUAAAGGUCCCUUCCAGCCCUCCCAUUCUAUGAUUCUAUGAAUUAACAUUAGAAAAACCCCAAACCCGAAGAACCAAAAAACAAAACCCCAAACAUACUGUGUUUGGCUGCAUUUAUUUAUUUAUGUUCCAGAAAAUCCAGAAUCCUUACAUUACACUUGAUAAGAUCUUCCUCAGUUUGCAUUGGUAGAAAUCAUAGGGUUUUUCACCUCUUGAUAACUUGAUACUGUUGAUGGGGAUUUUACAAGCAGUCUCUGAAUUGUCAGAAACUUGUUGGGAAGUUAAUGAUGCAGUUCAACAUGAAGCCUAAAGGCUUACACACAGGACACAAAAGACAUUGCUCCUUUAAAUUAUAUAAACUUUUUCUAGGGAUUGGUAUGUGAAGAUUUCUUCUCAAAAGACUCAGCAUAUUUGCCUACAGCUGCUAGAACUUAAAGUGUGUUGCAAAAUUCAUAAAUGACGCCGAUUUUGAAAGGAAAUGCACUUCAGUGACAAGAUCAAUGAACAAAAAUGCAUUAAUAAGUGCAGUCUAAGGGUCAGAAUUUGAGAAAGAAGUCAUAGGUUUGAGACCUGCAGCUAGUUUUCUUGAAUUUCAAACAUAAAUCUUAAUAAUGACAAGUAUCAUCUGGGUAUAAAUAGGUUAAGAUAUGUUAAA